GGUGGGACCCUGCGGGCCGGGCCCCUUCUCCCUGUCCGCUUUCCUCUCCCCCUGUGCCGCGGGCCCCCCUGGGGACGGCAGCCCCGCGGAGUCCGGGCCUUUCCCCGGAGGGGCUGGGGAAGGCCUUUCCGGGCACCUCUGGAGUGCCCGGGGUUGGAGCCGUGGGGUUGUCCCAGGGAGGAGGCGCCUGCCGCCCGUCCCCUUCUGCUGCCUGCGAGCAGGGCCCGGGGAGAGACAGGCGAGGAGGUUCCUCGGAGGCGGGUGUUGCGCGUUAUGGCCUGGGAUCGCUGUGACUGGGGGCUCCCGGGGGGUAAAUCAUCGGUGAGCAGGGCAGGCGUCGGUUUUAGGUACCAGAGUUCACUUCCAGGCCCGCUUCUCAAAGAUAUUCUCCGGCUCCCCCAGAAUCUGUCACGUUGGGAGGGAACACAGGGAGCAUUGUUUUGAAGAAUGUCUGGAAGUUUCUACUUCGUGAUAGUUGGUCAUCAUGAUAAUCCCAUAUUUGAAAUGGAAUUUCUGCCUCCUGGAAAAGUAGAGUCAAAGGAUGAUCAUCGCCAUCUCAACCAGUUCAUUGCCCAUGCUGCUCUCGACCUCGUAGAUGAGAACAUGUGGCUUUCCAACAACAUGUACUUGAAGACUGUGGACAAGUUUAAUGAAUGGUUUGUUUCUGCUUUUGUCACAGCUGGACAUAUGAGAUUUAUAAUGCUUCAUGAUGUAAGGCAAGAAGAUGGAAUUAAGAACUUCUUUACUGAUGUAUAUGAGUUGUAUAUAAAGUUUGCAAUGAAUCCAUUUUAUGAACUCAAUACUCCUAUUCGAUCCACUGCCUUUGAAAGAAAAGUCCAGUUCCUUGGGAAGAAACACCUUUUAAGCUGAAUAAAUAAAUCUCCUGAGUGAGUGCUUUUCCCAACUUUCCUGAUUGUUUGAACUGUACUUCGUCUGGUUAGUCCCCUGCAUGUUUUAUACUUAUCUUCUGAAGACUGACUAAUUGGACGCUGAAGCAGCUUUUUCUUUUGCUGAUAUAGAUAAGCAGCCAAGCUUCUCUGGUUAAAAAAAGGUGUAUCUGAAGAAGUUUCCUUUUAUGUGACAUGAAAAUAAAGUUUUAAACUGUCAGAGGCUGCAGGGGUACAAAGGAAGAAACUGAGACAUUAUGUGUUAAUGCAUAUGCAAAGUGUAAGCCUCUGACACAGGCAGGGAGGAAAUGAAACCUAAAUGCAAAAGAUGUCACCAGUCACCUGGUUUAAUAUGAGCAAAAGGGAACUCCUGACUGUUUGGCCUAAAUGCUUAAUUUUAUAACAAACUUUCCUAGUUGUAUUCCUUCAGUUGAGAGCUCACUCUGCAGACUAACCAGACUAAGAUUACACUCUGUGGUAGUAAAUCAAGCCUCUAUUUAUUGAUGUGUAAUUUUAUGUAUAUAAACUGCUGAAUAAAAAAUGGAAAAUCAGAAAAGCUGUCUCCAGUACAUCAAGAAAUUUUGAGAAAAACUCCCACAGUUUAAAAGUGUCUCAUUUCAAAUUUUCCACGUAUUUAGUGCAAUACACAUUUAGCUGCAGUGUUGCAUCAAUAAAUGAAGUAGACCAGAAUAGCCAGAUCUGCCCUGAUAUUAAUUCUAAUUUACUCAUUAAAAAAAACCCCAAACUAAAUUUACAUGUUUAAACCCAGUAUUUUUCCUACUAUUUCUUCAAUUGCUGAAACUUUCUUUUUGUAAAUAAAUUUAGAGGAUGAUCUUUGCACCAUGAAACUAUAGUUGUUGAGGUUUCAAGAAAGGCAUUAUUUGGCCUGUCUGGCUUCUAUUCCACUGUAAAAUGUUUUAGGAACCAUUUUGCAAAACUUAACAUCAUUCCAAACCAGUAAAUUUUAAAUGGAUUAUUUGGCAUAUGUGUACCUAAUACUUUGCUUGGGUUUACAAUCUUAAGUAUUCUGUUUCUUUUUGCAGCAAAUCUGUAUAAGCUAUCUUGUACUUUUUUUUUCAAUAUCUGAAAAAUUUCCAAAGGAAGUGACAUGCUAUUCUAAGAAGUAUUUUGCAUAGUCUGUAUAAGUAAGGGGAUCACAUCUGUAUGUGCUAUAAGUGUAUAGUCAGUCAUCAUUUCUGCACUUACUGCUAAGUUGUCACUGUAAAAUGUUCUAUGAGAAAAAUGAACAUAUUAUCCUAAAUAAAAGAUUAAAUGUUGUAGUA